AUGUACAAAAACAUCAUCAUCGGUGGUGACCUGAAUUGCAACCUCUUGUCGACCAAUUUUAAAGCCAACCACUUGCGCGACCUAAUGUCCAGCAUCUCAAUGAACAUUGUGAAUACUGGGGCUACAUACCACACGGCCACUGCUGACUCGCGGCUUGACGUUUUGGCUGUGGAUGACAGCGACAAGAUUCUGCGGCUGACCAAAUCUGAUAGUCCGUUUAUCACUGGUCACGAUCUAAUGGAAUUAAGACUCUCACUUGGCACAGUUUUUGAUACUAAGCGCUCUAUCGUAAGGCGUAAUUUUAAAGACAUCGAUGCCGACGAGUUCUGUGAUUGCCUUGGGUCUAUUAUGAACAAUCCUAGGUACCUCGAACGUAUCCGGAUCAUUACGGAAGCAGAUGAGGGUCAAUAUGCCGAUGGUCUCUGUGCUGCGCUGUCGGACGCCAUGACCGAAACACUCGAUGCCCAGGCUCCUGCACGUGUGAUUGUGGUGCGGAAGCCACCGACGCAAUGGCUAUCAGAUGAUCUCAAGACGCGUCUUAACACCCGAAACACAACGUACAGGCAGGCCAAGCGUUCGGGCUGUUUACUUGACUACACCGCCUAUAGACACUUUAGGAAUCAGCUCAAUGUGGAUAUCAAGCGAGCAAAGAACGAAUUUCACUACAAUUCACUUGUCAAAAUCACUGACUCGGCUAAACUAAGGAGAGAACUUGCACGACUUGGUCUAGUAAAGCAGACACAAGUCUCUCCGCUACGCUUUUUUACGCCAGAUCAGCUGAAUGCGUACUUCGUGUCAGUCUUUAAAGCUCUGCAGCCAUGCUCACGGGCAGAACUUGUCGUUGCUGUUGCCCAGAUUCCUCGACCAGCAUCGCGACCGCUAUUCAAAUUCUCUGCUAUGCUCCCAUGUGACAUAUAUAAACUUCUCAUGACCGCACCUCUGCAUUCCUACGCGUCAGGUUCGGACGGCAUUCCGCUGCACGUUCUGCGUAUUGCUUGGCCAGUGGCUUCCUCAGUGAUCACCGUAAUGUUCAACCGAUCAUUGGAAACUUCCAUGUUCCCAUCGAAAUGGAAGCGAACACUAAUUCGCCCACAGUCGAAAAUUAGAAACCCACAGUCUCCGUUUGACACGAGACCAAUAGCGAAUCUGCCGGAACUGUCGAAAAUCCUCGAAAAAAUUGUCGCCUCACAGAUUACACAAUAUCUAGAUGAAUUCCAUCUAAUAAAUCCCAGACAGUCUGCUUACCGUUCGGGUCACAACACCCAGUCUGCUCUCUUAAGAGUCUGUGAUGAUAUCAAGCGCGCGAUUAAUAACGGCCAUAUUACUAUAAUGAUACUAUUUGACUUCAGCAAAGCAUUUGACACCGUUCCACACCUUCAACUUUGUAUAAAGCUGAAAGAGUUCGGUUUCUCUGACGAGGCUAUAAUGUGGAUUUUCUCUUACCUGACAGGCCGAUCUCAGGCAGUGGUGGACGACGUUGGAAACUUAUCUGAGUGGCUAUUCACGUCAUCUGGAGUACCGCAGGGCUCCGUGCUUGGUCCUCUAUUGUUUUCUCUCUAUAUCAACGACAUUUACCGUGUUUUGCUACAUACGUAUCAUAUGCUUUUUGCAGACGAUGUUUAA